CUGGGUUUGCACCCCAUGAGCAAAUUUCAUUUCCGCACUUGUGCCCUAACUAGGUGUUCUGUGUUUCAGCUUGUAUUAUAUGUCAUCUUAUUUCAUUCUUUUUAUCAUGUAUCAUUGCAGUGCUACAGACCACAACAAAUAUUUGGUAUUUCACAUGGCCGUUUAUCAGUGAAACCGUUUCUUCUUCCUCCUAAUUGUCAGUCAUUUUCCAGUCUCAGACCAAAAUUCUAUCAUAAAAAUCAAAGAUUACCGAUCCAACCACCAAUCACUUACAACAACAGUCUAUCCCAUUUGAGGCAUUUUUCAAAAGGAGACUCCUACAGCAGUCCAAUAUCAUGGAAAACAGUGAUCAUUACAGCUGCUAUUGGUGGUGUAUUUACGAUGGCAAUGUUCUAUUUCAAACAAGCAAAAGAGCUAAGAUUGGCCAAGGAAAGAAGUCGACAACUCGGCAAAGCUGCCUUAGGAGGCCCAUGGUCUCUCAUUGACCACAACAAUCAACCUAAAUCUAAUAAAGAUUUCUUUGGUCAAUGGGUGUUAAUCUAUUUUGGUUUCACUCAUUGUCCAGACAUCUGUCCUGAUGAAAUCGAGAAAAUGGUUCAAGCAGUUGACAUGAUAGACAAGAAUCCUAAUCUUUCGAAUGUGCAGCCAUUGUUUAUUACAGUUGAUCCAGAAAGAGACACUGUUGAUGCCAUUAAAUCAUAUGUGAAUGAAUUUUCACCCAAACUGUUAGGCCUUACUGGAGACAAAGAAAGAAUUCACCAGGCAACAAGAGCUUAUCGUGUCUAUUACAGUUCUGGACCAAAAGAUGAAGAUAAUGAUUACAUUGUGGACCAUACUAUUAUCAUGUACCUGAUAAACCCAAAAGGUGACUUUGUAGAUUAUUUUGGUCAGAACCGAACUGCUGAAGACAUUUACAAUUCUAUAACAUUGCAUAUGAAAAAGUAUGAAUUAAAUAAAUAAAUACAAAUUUUAACUUUUCUAAAUUAGAUAAUGAGAAAUUUAAAUGUAAAAACAUGUUUUGAAAAACUAAACCAUAAUAAAUUGUUAUAUAAAUUAA